UAAUAAUCGAAAUUUUACUGAUAAUAAAUAAAAAGAUAAGUAAUAAUUAAAUGCGCAUUUAUUAACGCUUUAAUUAAAUAAGUAUCUGUCAGUAUUACUUUAGGAUAAACACAAAAAUUGUGUUUUAUAAGUACGAAACAAAUGUCCGAAAACAUAUUUGAACAGUUAGAUAAUCAUCGAUUAAUCGAAUGUUUAGUCGGUCAAAUUUGACUUGACCUUUUUUGUUUUGUUAUUUUUUAAUACGUUCGUACUUGUUCUUGUCUUUGUCUCGUCUCGAAUCUCUUGUUUUAUAUGACCAUAGGAAGUGGUGGGAGAAGAGGACAGAAGAUAGGACAGUGGACACCGAGGAGGACAGGGGCAGGUGAAAGUUGAAGAGUUGCAACCCCAAAAAAAAGAGCAAAUUGCGAAUCUCAUGAAUCCCUUUAAAAAAUUUGCUAUGAUCUUGUUUUGAUACUAUGGGAUUCGAACUGAAUCGAUUUCAAGGCGAAGUUGACGAAGAACUAGUAUGUCCCAUUUGUUCAGGAGUUUUAGAAGAUCCCAUUCAGGCGCCUAUAUGUGAACACGCUUUUUGCAAAUCUUGCAUAACAGAAUGGAUCUCCAGACAACCUACUUGUCCAGUUGACAGGCAGAUCGUAACAUCCCCACAGCUGCGUCAAGUACCCAGAAUUAUAAGGAACUUACUCUCUCGGCUAUGUAUAACGUGCGAUAAUGCCCAGUACGGUUGCACGAGGGUGCUGAAAUUGGACGCCCUAGCGGCGCAUUUGGAGGAAUGCGAGCACAACCCGAAGCGACCGUUGCCCUGCGAACAGGGCUGCGGGCUGAUCAUACCCAAGGACGAACUGAAAGACCACAAUUGCAUCAAAGAACUGCGAGCCCUGAUUCACACGCAACAGCAAAAACUCAACGAAUUCCAGCAGGAGUUCACCGAACAAAGGUUCCUGCUGGCCGAACAAAGGAGAGAAAUGCAAUUGCUUAAGGAUUUUAUGCGAGCUAUGAGGAUAUCCAAUCCCUCGAUGAGGGCCAUAGCGGACGCGAUGGAGAGAGAUGAAGUACUGCGUUGGAGUAAUUCGUUGCAACGGGCGAGAGUGACGAGAUGGGGUGGAAUGAUAUCGACUCCUGACGAAAUUCUACAGAGGAUGAUCAAACGAACGUUGACCGAGAUGGGUUGUCCGCCUCAUAUACUCGACGAUUUAAUGGAGAAUUGCCACGAGAGACGAUGGCCGCCCGGGCUGUGCUCGCUGGAGACGAGGCAGAACAACCGUCGUCAGUACGAGAAUUACAUAUGCAAAAGGGUGCCCGGCAAACAGGCGGUGCUGGUGUUGUCGUGCGAUAAUCCGCACAUGGGCGAAGAUAUGAUGGUCGAGCCCGGGUUGGUUAUGAUAUUCGCCCAUGGCAUCGAGUAAAUCUAAUUUCCCCUCUACUUUCUGCUUUUAAAGCGGAUGAUGUAACUUAACUGAAAAAAUUGUCUGUAUACUCCUUGUGCUGCUAAAUUACAUUCCUUUUUUUUUGAAUAAUUGUAUUUAUAUCGUUUUACUGAAAGUGUUUAGUGACUGAUUGUUUCUAAUUUUGAUGCUAAUUUAUUGUAUUUUUAUAAUGACUAAAAUCUUUGUCAAUUAUCAAAUAGCACUAAAUCUUGGGCGAAAUAACCAAAUAUAUAAACGCGUUUAUUUUUCGUGUAAUAUGUUAUUAUGUAAGGAUUUGAAGGUGCACUUUUUAAACUUUUAUCGACGGAUACAUGUUGUUCAUUUUAGUAAUAUUUGAUCGAUUAUUCAUGUGUAACUGGAGUCCGCUUGUAAUUGCAUAUUUAUUUUGCACCUAUUUUGUGAUAAGUUGAGAAUUUACAUGUAAUCGAACUGGAAUGGAUAGAAAAAAGAAUAAAUUAUAUGGUUAUUUUAUUAAAUUUUCCACGUGUUGGAAUAUCAGUACAAAAGCACAAUUUUGUUCUUUUUUCUGCUUGCGAUUAUUUUUAACUGCAACUAAUUAAUGAUGCAAAUAUUGUAGAAUGUUUUAUGUAUAUCGCUUUAUAUAUUUUUAAUACUUUUUAACGUACUACUUAACUACUCGUGCUGUUUAAAAUCUAAGAUCAUUACGCGUUAAAAUAAUCAUUUUUUUAAAUUGUUUGUAGAUUAAAUUACUUUAAAGACUGUUCAAUAGUUCUUCCUUAUGAAACUGCCAAAAACUGCAUUUAUAAAGUUUUCAUCGUUAUAAGUUGCAGAAUUGAUCUCGUUUAGUUUGCGAUUUUGCAUGAAAAUGUUUAUUGUUUAUGUUUGCGGAAAGUGGAACUAAAAAUCUUGGGUACUUUAAAGUUUUUCGGGAUUUUCCCAAUGAUUUUCGUUAUUGUUUCUAGUCAAAGUGGAAUUGUUAGUAUUGAACAAAAAUGUGUUAAAUUUUAGCGGGUUAAACGUUUUUGUGCAUCAUCUCCGGAAAAACUGGCACGCAUAAUUUUUGUAUCGCUGGUAUUCACUAAAAUGUAAGAUUUUCGAUUUUUCUCCUUGUGAUUUUUUUGUU